AUGCCGCACGUCAACCAAUUCGUGGCGGUCUUUGUUGCUGUUCUGGUCCUUGGUCAAGCCGGAGCAAAUUUUUGGGAGCGUCCGGGCUGCCACAAAGUCGGCCACACGAGACGGGUGAGCAUCCCGGACUGCGUGGAGUUCGACAUGACGACCAACGCGUGCCGCGGCUUCUGCACCUCGUACUCGAUCCCGUCUCCCGAGUACACGCUUCGCAUGAACCCCAACCAGGGGGUCACCUCCUUCGGACAGUGCUGCAACAUCAUGGAUACUGAGGACGUCAAAGUCCAGGUCCGCUGCCUCGACGGCCACAAGGACCUGACGUUCAAGUCGGCCAAGAGCUGCUCCUGCUUCCACUGCAAGAAGAACUGAUACGUCGCCGAGGCUGCUGCGUGAAUCCAUGAAGUCACAGACUGUCCACGCUUAACUAUAUAUAUACACAACUGCUGUCAUGCAUGUACUACAUUUU